AUGCAGCCGCCGCCGCCGGGGCGGGAGGAGCUGCGCGCCGGCGACCGGCUCAGCGGGGCCGCCGCGCGGGGGGACCUGCCCGAGGUGCGGCGCCUCCUGCAGGACGAGCUGGCCCACCCGGACGCGCACAACCGCUUCGGAAAGACGGCCCUGCAGGUCAUGAUGUUCGGCAACAUCUUCGUAGCCCAGGAGCUUCUGAAGCAAGGGGCGAACCCCAACGUCCAGGAUGCAUCGGGCACGGCCCCCACCCACGAUGCCGCCCGCACCGGCUUCCUCGACACCCUGAGCGUCCUGGUGGAAUACGGCGCUGACGUGAACAUCCCAGAUGCCUCGGGCUCUCUGCCCCUCCACGUCGCCAUCCGGGAAGGGCACGCCGAUAUCGUGCGUUUCCUGGCGCCUCGGUCCAACCUGCACCACCGAGACGCCGAGGGCCGGACGCCGCUGGAGCUGGCGCAACGUCUGGGGCUAACGGACAUCCGGGGCAUCCUCGAGCAGCGCUUCUCCAGCCUCGCUUGA